AUGCUUGCGCGGAAAGCCCCCAAAAAUGGGUCUGCCGGCGCCGCAGCUCCGGUCGAAGGCCGCGACAACAUCAGCAACCUCCCGGACGGCGUGCUGCAGCACAUACUCUCCUUCCUGCCGGCGCAGGACGUCGUGCGGACAUGUGUGCUCGCUAAGAGCUGGCGCCACAUGUGGGAGUCCACCACCGUCCUGCGCUUUGUGUGGGGCGGAAUGAAUGAACCAGAGUCCAUGAUUCCGGAGUUCGUGGACCAUCUGCUGCGCCUGCGCAUCCGCGGAUGCACGCCGCUCGACACGUGCGAGUUCCGUCUCUUGGGGUAUCAUGAGAUCGACAUGACUCGUAUCAACUUUUGGAUCCGUAUAGCUCUCCAGUGCAAAGUCCGGGUGCUCGAGCUCAUGUGUUGGGGCAUUCCUCCUCUCGAUGACCAUCCUAUCUUCAUCUCCCAAUACCUGAAGAAGCUACAGCUUGCCGGACUUAGCGACGACGAGAUGCCCAGCAGAUUGCUUGAUUUCUCCUGCUGCCCCAAUUUGGAAGACCUUAAGAUUGUUGACUGUUACCUAGGGUGUGCCUUACUCAUCUCAUCACAAUCGCUAAAGCGUCUAACUAUUGAGAAUGGUUCUUUUGGUCCUGACUGCCGCAUGCCUAUCUGUGCCCCGAAUCUUGUUUCACUAUGGCUUGAAGUCAGUAACGGCAUGAUUCCAUCACUUCAGAGGAUGCCAUCCUUGCUGGCAGCAUAUGUUAACAUCGACAGCGAUGUUGAUUGCAUUGAUUCUGAUGAUGACGACGACGAUGGCGACGAUGACGAGGACAACCAAAGUAUUCUCUUGCAAGGUUUAUCAGAUGUUCAGAACUUGGUGCUAAAAUCUUUUUGGACCGAAAUGAUUAUUUUUAGAAGGGACUUGAAAUUUUGCUCUAGUUUCAACAAGUUGAAGUCUUUGCUCAUCAACGAAUACUGGUGCGAGCCUCCUGAUUUCAGCGCCCUAGCUUGCCUCCUCAAACUUUCACCGGUGUUAGAGAAGCUCACUCUUCAACUAUAUUCAGAGGGACCUGAACAUGAAGUGGAGAUAAAACUGAGCUGCAAACCAUUGGAGAUGUCAGCUGCAAUAUCACAACACCUUAAGACAGUUGAAGUCAAAUGUCAAGUGUAUGAUGAGAGAGUUCGCAAUGUUUUGACGUUUCUUAGUAAACUUGACAUAUUAUGGUUCCAAAUUAUAUGA